UCAAAGGCCUGGUUACAAGAGCGCUGGAGUUAUAGCGAAAGUUGGAGAAUACAACAAAGUGCGUCUACUGAAUAGAGAACAUGUCGAAACGACCGAAAUCUAAAGUAUUAGUGGAGAGUAGUGGAAGCGAGGAGGAUAGCGGCUCGGAACAGGAAGAAGUCAAGUCAAAAAAGAAGCAAAAAAAGGAAAAACCUGAGGCUUCUUCUUCAUCUGGCACCAAACAAGACGAUGGCAGCUAUGUCUUUCCUCUGGCUAACAAAAGGCAAGUUACAGUACGGGACUUCAGGGGUAAAGUGUAUGUCGACAUCAGAGAGUUUUACGAAGACAAAAAUAGCGGGGAUAUGAAGCCCGGAAAAAAAGGUAUUUCUCUUCCUGUGGACCAAUGGGGUAAGCUGAAGGAGCUGAUAGACGACAUUGAUGAAGCUGUCAGUGCAAUGUGACUAAGGAAAAUGAUAUUUUGGAUAUCAAUGGCAGAGCUGAUGCCAAAUGUUUUAUUUUGACAUUGGCUCUACUUUUGUUUGUUAGUAUGUUUACUUUUGUGUGAGAGAUGUACUAGAUUGCAUCAGUCAGUUUAAUAAAGUGAGCAUUUUAUUGUC